AUGAAGCUCCAUAGUAUCAAUAUUCUCCUCCUCCUCCAUAUAAACUUCUCAACAACAACAGAGCCUGCUAACACUCCCGCCAACCUUAUCCUCCUCAAUUGUGGUGCCUCGGGCAUCUCCAACGACACCAGCCACCGGACUUGGGUGGGCGAUGACCAUUCAAGCUUCUCGGCUGUAUCUUUAGCAUCCACAGCCACCAAUAUGGAUCCCAAUGUUUCUCUCGUCCCUUAUCAGACCGCUCGUGUUUUCAACAACUCUUUCACCUACACAUUUCCCAUCACCAAAGGCCAGAAAUUCCUCCGCCUCUACUUCUACCCCAACAUCUACUCCCACCACAACACUUACAAAUCUCUCUUCUCAGUCACUGCAAAUUCCUUCAAUCUAUUGAGCAACUUCAGUGCUUUCCUUUACUCCCAGAAUUCUUCACAACCAUCUUUCAUGAAAGAAUUCAUCAUCAAUAUCAAAGAUCAUAGUAAAAAACUAGCUUUAACUUUCUUCCCCGAGCCAUCCUCUACUGGCUUCGUGAACGGCAUUGAAAUUGUCUCAAUCCCGGAUGAACUCUACUUGCGUAGAAAUGAGGUCAUCAAAUAUGUCGACGAGAACACUCAGAUAUAUUAUCUGGAUGGCAAUUCAGCCUAUGAGACUCUUUACAGGCUAAACGUUGGCGGUGGCAGAGUUAGUAUUGAAGACGACAACAGCAUGUACCGGGCCUGGUACCCAGAUGAUGAUUACUUAGUCGGCAAAGCUGCCGGUAAGACUUAUCGCGCCAACAACAACAUUGAGAUUACCACACUUCCACACUAUGCUCCAGAUAUAGUAUACACAAGUGCUAGACUGACCGCGAAUACCACUGUCAUCUUGGGUUGGGAAUUUCUGGUGGAUUCGGGGUUUAACUAUCUCAUCAGGUUACACUUCUGUGAAUCUACACCGGGUGUAACCAAGUCAAGACAAAGGACUUUUUCGAUAUCCUUGAACAAUAUUGAAGCGGAUAAUGCAGCCGAUAUUGUUUCUUGGGCCGGCGGCCCUCUACUUCCCACCUUCAAGGACUACAUAAUAUGGACACCUGAUUACCGCGGCGAUCGUGGGAAACAAAACCUGGUUCUGUCUCUGUUUCCUGUCUAUGCAGAAGAUCCACAGUAUCGUAAUGCUUUCUUGAAUGGUCUUGAAAUAUUCAAGCUCAAUCGUACAAACGGGAGCCUAGCAUCUGCCAACCCUGAGGCCACAGUGAACCAUUUUCACCCAUCUCUGAAGGAGAAGAAAAGUCGAGGAUUGUCUGUAAUUAUUGGUGUUACGGUGACUCUGGUGAUCGGCGUCCUUGCUGUGGUUGGAGUAUUGAGUUUUCUGAUUUAUCAUAAAUUGAAGAAGCAAUCUUAUGGCAGUAUGGCCGAGUCAUCCUUCCUACCUCCUUCAACCACGUCAACAUCCUCAACUACUACUGCUGAUUCGCACCCUUGGAAUUCAUGCAGAUAUUUCUCGCUCGCUGAGAUCAAAGCUGCAACAUCCAACCUAGAUCGAAACUCCAUCAUCGGGAGAGGAGGAUUCGGGUGCGUGUACAUGGGGGUCAUAGACGAGGGUGCCACCACCGUGGCAAUCAAACGGCUAAACCCGUCGUCCAAUCAAGGGGCUCGCGAGUUCCUAACCGAAAUCCACAUGCUGUCGAAGCUAAGGCACCUCCACUUAGUGUCACUUAUCGGCUACUGCGACGAAGAAGGCGAGAUGAUCUUGGUGUACGAUUACAUGGCCCACGGCUCUUUACAUGACCAUCUCUACAGCUCCCACAAACCCCCUUUAUCAUGGAAGCAGCGCCUCCAGAUCUCCAUGGGCGCUGCAAAAGGACUGCACUAUCUCCACACCGGCGCUGAACACGCCAUCAUACAUCGCGACGUCAAGUCCACUAACAUCCUACUCGACCACAACUGGAUCGCCAAGAUAUCUGAUUUUGGACUGUCCAAAAUGGGAGAGUCGAACGAUUCGUUCACUCAUAUCAGCACCAACGUCAAGGGCACCUUCGGGUACUUGGAUCCGAAAUACCUUUCGACUCAUCAGCUGACAAGAAAAUCAGAUGUGUAUGCAUUUGGAGUGGUUCUGUUCGAGCUUAUUUCUGGAAGAGCUGCGGUGGAUGUGAGGCUGGAUGAGGAGCAGCAUAGCCUGGCUGGAUGGGCUCGAACUUGUGUACGAGAAGGACGAGUGGACGGGCUCAUUGACAGCAACCUUGAGGGGCAGAUUUCAGCAGGUUGUUUGGAUGUGUUUGUUGGAAUAGCAGGGAGGUGCAUACACAUUCAGCCACUAGAAAGGCCUAGCAUGGCUGAUGUGGUGAUGGGCCUCGAAUUAGCAGCAGCGUUACAGGAGACAACGGUGGUGGAAGAUGAUGAUAAUGAUGCCGAAGGGAUUCACAGCGAUCAGAGCCAGGUGUUUGUUUCUAUGGAUGUGAUAUGUGGCACAAAUUGUUCAGAAUCAACCGCGACCAUGAAAUUCCAUACUACUAAAUAUCUACUCCUUCUCCUCCUCCUCCAUCUCUUCCCAGCAACAACAAUGUCUGCUGCCACAGUGCCUGCUUACACCCCAGCUGACCGUAUACUCCUCAACUGCGGUGCCUCAGGCAUCGUCAACGACACCAGCCACCGGAGUUGGGUGGGCGAUGACAGGUGUAAAUUCAUGCAAGAAAAUGCGACCAUAUCUUUAUCAUCCACAGCCUCCACUAUGGAUCCUAGUGUUUCUCCAGUCCCUUAUCACACCGCUCGUGUUUUCAAUAACUCUUUCACCUACAUAUUUCCCAUCAGCAAAGGCCAGAAAUUCCUUCGCCUCUACUUCCACCCCAACAUUUACUCCCACCAAGACACUUCUAAAUCUCUCUUCUCUGUCUCUGCAAAUUCCUUUAAUCUACUGACCAAUUUCAGCGCUUUCCUUCAUUCCCAGAAUUCUUCACAGCCAUCUUUCAUGAAAGAAUUCGCCAUUGAUAUCGAAGAUUAUAAUCAAACACUAGUUUUAACUUUCUCCCCCGAGCCACACUCCACCGGCUUCGUGAAUGGCAUUGAAAUUGUGUCAAUCCCGGAUGAACUCUACUUACGUAUAAAUGAUUCAACCAAAUUAAUUUGGGAGAACAUUCUGGGUCGUAGCAAUUCAGCUCUUGAGACUCAUUACAGGCUAAACGUUGGCGGUGGCAGAGUUAAUAUUGAAGACGACAGUGGCAUGUACCGGGCAUGGUACUCAGAUCAUGACUACUUAAUUGGUCAAGAUUUUGGUUACACUCGGGCCAUCGGCAAUUCCAAGAUUAAGGCCACUGUUCCAUACACUGCUCCAGAUAUAGUCUACGCAAGUGCCAGAAUGACCUAUAACACCAGCAGCUUAAAUUGGGAAUUUCCAGUGGAUUCAGGGUUUAACUAUCUUGUCAGGUUGCACUUUUGUGAAUUUACGCAAGGUGUAACCAAGUCAGGACAAAGGACUUUUUCUAUUUUCGUUAACAAUGAGGCUUAUCCUGCAUUCGAUGUUGUCGAUAUGGCCGGUGGCCCUCUAAUUCCCACCUUCCAGGACCACAUUAUGUGGCCCUCUAGUUACCACGAUUAUGGGAAUCAAAACCUGAUCAGUGUGUCUUUGCAUCCUGACUCUGCAGAGUAUCGUAAUGCUUUCUUGAACGGCCUUGAAAUUUUCAAGAUCAAUAAUACCAACGGGAGCCUAGCAUCCGCCAACCCUGAGCCUGUGGUCAAAUCUUUUGAGCUGACGGUGAAGCCCAACCAGGAGAAGAAAAUUCGAAAAUUGAUUUUAAUUUUUGGGAGUGUGGUUGGCAUCCUUGCAGUGACUGGAGCUUUCCUGAGGCUGAAUAAAGCGAAGAAACCAUCUUAUGGCAGUGCUGCUGAGUCAUCCUUCCUACCUUCUUCAACCACGUCAACAUCCACAACUAGUAAUACUGUAGAUUCGCACCCUUGGAAAUCCUGCAGAUAUUUCUCGCUCACUGAGAUCAAAGCUGCAACAUCCAACCUAGAUAGAAAAUCCAUCAUCGGGAGAGGGGGAUUUGGGUGCGUUUACAUGGGAGUCAUAGAUGACGGCGCCACCACCCUGGCGAUAAAACGGCUCAACCCAUCGUCAAAUCAAGGGGCUCAUGAGUUCCUAACCAAAAUCCACAUGUUGUCGAAGCUGGGGCACCUCCACUUGGUAUCACUAAUCGGCUACUGCGAUGAGGACGGCGAGAUGAUAUUGGUCUACGAUUACAUGGCCCACGGCUCUUUACAUGACCAUCUCUACAGCUCCCACAACCCCCAAUUAUCAUGGAAGCACCGCCUCCAGAUCUCCAUAGGCGCUGCAAAAGGAUUGCACUAUCUCCACACCGGUGCUGAACACGCCGUCAUACACCGCGGCGUCAAGUCCACUAACAUCCUACUCGACCAAAACUGGGUCGCCAAGAUAUCUGAUUUUGGACUGUCCAAAAUGGGAGAGUCGAACGAUUCGUUCACUCAUAUCAGCACCAACGUCAAGGGCACCUUCGGGUACUUGGAUCCGAAAUACCUUUCGACUCAUCAGCUGACAAGAAAAUCAGAUGUGUAUGCAUUUGGAGUGGUUCUGUUCGAGCUUAUUUCUGGAAGAGCUGCGGUGGAUGUGAGGCUGGAUGAGGAGCAGCAUAGCCUGGCUGGAUGGGCUCGAACUUGUGUACGAGAAGGACGAGUGGACGGGCUCAUUGACAGCAACCUUGAGGGGCAGAUUUCAGCAGGUUGUUUGGAUGUGUUUGUUGGAAUAGCAGGGAGGUGCAUACACAUUCAGCCACUAGAAAGGCCUAGCAUGGCUGAUGUGGUGAUGGGCCUCGAAUUAGCAGCAGCGUUACAGGAGACAACGGUGGUGGAAGAUGAUGAUAAUGAUGCCGAAGGGAUUCACAGCGAUCAGAGCCAGGUGUUUGUUUCUAUGGAUGUGAUAUGUGGCACAAAUUGUUCAGAAUCAACCGGUUAGGGACUUGAAAUAUUGUAGCAAGUAUACUGUAUACACGAUUAGGAGUGCUUUAUUCUUCGCAAAUUGUAAGAAAUAUGAAGAAAUGUGAGUUGAAAAUGUAAUAAAUUAAUGGAAUAUAUGGCCUACUUACUAACUUAAUGAAAUGUGAGUAACGGUAAAACCUGACUUGCAUAAUACAAGUGUAUCAUGUGACUUUAGCCCAGUGGAUCAAGUCAUGCACGAGGACUAGCCUUUCUGGUUGUAUCGAUCUCUUUCUA